UAACACCUUCCAAACACAAUUCAUAGCGCCUGGAGCUAACUCAAAUCUAUCAUUCGUUCACAUUUUGUAUACGACUAAAAUGGUGGUUGUACAGGGAAUGUACGAAGUCACGGAGCUGGUGGCUGGCAGCGUGGGAUGCGUGUGUCUAUACAUCGCCGGAUGCAAUGUGCUGCCCAUGGAGCAUAUUCCCGAUCUUCCGUCGGCGCUGUUCGUCCUGACCGCCGUGCUUUUUCUCCAUCAUCUGAGGGUAAUGAAUUGCGCACCGCUGCAGAAGCUUUGGCUUUUGCUGCUGGAACUGUUGGUCUUCUAUAUGUGCACCCAGGUCGUGGUGCUUGUGUGGCUCCAGUUGCUCAGCCAUAUGAAUAAACUGCGGGACAAUGCAGUUAAUACUCGUACCGGCAUGUACCUUUUUGAAGCCUAUCCAAAAGUCUUUAUGUUUUUGCGCCAAGAUGUCUACUAUUUGGGGCAGCUUAUCAUGUCCGUGGCGUGCACCUACAAGGCGAUAAUGGUCACUCAUGCCCUGGACUACGCCCUACCAAAUCGCCGGACGUACAGAUACUAUGAGACAGAUGAGAACUUAGGCGAUGGUCCGCGGCGUCCUACCCGAAAGAGCAACCAGCGAUCAACACCCAAGAAGAGCACCGUGCGUGGUCGCAAAAAAUAGAAGCUGUCGCAGAAACUGGAUCAAUCAAAUCGCCCAAUCUAAACACAGUUUUUCUAUGCUUUCGAUCAUUGAAUUAGCCCACAAAACACGCGUAAUAAAUUAUCAAGGUAAACGGCGGCCCGGGUGCAUUGCACCCAAAUCGAAGGUGCUGCUCAAGAGCAGUUUACGCUUUACUAGAAAUUUGCAUGCUUGAAAGAGCAGAGCCAACACGUACACACAAAACCAACUUAUUUUCAAAUUUUGGCGCCUCGCGACAAUCGAUUAACGGACAACAUCAUCAAGAUCAGCCAAUCGUAUGAAUUCCACCUCUAACACCAGAGAAUAUUGAGAAGAAGAAGAGCGUUGUGUCGGAUCUAAACAAUAAAGAAAUUAAGCAAUU